UUGCUCCAGGAUGGACUUCAACAGGAAAAUUGGGAUGAGGGACACUGUGCUUGCUCUCUUACUCGCUGUCCUCCAGGGAUUUCCUGUCGGGGAAACGGCCCCGAAUCCAUCCCCGCUGGUUGGAUCCAACUGGGGGAACCCGAGGAGAUACAUUCACCUGCAGACAUCCACAGACCUCAACAACUUCUACUUGGAGAUCAAAUUAGAUGGCACUGUGCGCAGAACUACAGCCAGGAGUUCAUAUAGUGUGAUUUUACUGAAAGCUGAAACAAGGGAGCGCAUCGCCAUCCUCGGCGUCAAAAGCAGCCGUUACCUGUGUAUGGAUUUGGAAGGCAACCCGUUCAGCUCUCCCAUCUGCCUCAAAGACGACUGCCUCUUCAACCACAAGCUUCUGGAGAACAACCGGGACGUGUACUACUCCAGCCGGACCGGUAUCGUCUUCAACCUGGAGGGCUCCCGGCAGGUGUUCUCGGCGGGUCAGAACCUGCCGCAGACCUCCCUCUUCCUGCCCAAGAAGAACACGGUGCCGCUGGAGCGCCUCCUGCUGCACAGGGAGAAGAGGAACCAGGUGGUGGAUCCCUCCGACCCGCACAACGUCUACCUGGGUCAGACAGAGGAGGGCUCGGACUCACGGGCCGUGCCGGAGGACGACGCCGACCUGGAGGUGGAGGUUGAGGCGGGGGACGACGGGCGUAACUUGUCCCGGGAGACACCGCUGGCUCCGUCCACCCACGACCCAUGGAACGUGCACUCGUCCAACCCAGGCAGCCCCCGGAGCUCCGGGACCAUGGGGUGACUUUACUUGCGACCGUCAUGGGUGUUGCAAGGUGUGGGCGCUCUUUUUACUUUACUAUAAGUGAGUCCAAGUUUAACCUUGUAGUUUAUGAUCGUAUGAGACAAAAAACGUAAAACAGACUACAUUUUGAAAAAGCUGAGAGGAGAGCAUUCGGGUUGUUCCUUCCUUUUCACACUGUCUUAAUUACAAUGUAUUUUCUGCCAUCAGUCAUUCAGAAAAGCAGUGUGUUCAUACACUGAAUGUACAAAAUAUUAGACUUGACUUGCAGCCCCUUUUGCACAAUUCAUAUUGUCUGGAAGCUCAAAUCCACACGCAACUCUUCUGUUUCUGUUAAUUUAACAAUCUCCAGCUCUGAGAUCAUAGAUUCAUUUAGUUAAAGCACUAAGGGAUGUGUGUUUUACCCGGAUUUUACUCAUCACUCAUGAAUAUUUUGUACAUUCCCAAACAGGUUUGGUGAUAAAGUUAGGAUAUGUGGAAACAGGGACUUCACCACAUCAAAAACAUUUAGUUAGAUAUCUGAUUACUUUUCCCUCUAACAAAUUACUGAAAAAGGAAAUCUUAGCUGUCUAAAUGCCAAGAUAAAUGAUCCGAAUCCAUUUCCCAUCCCCAUCCAUUAUAAUUAGUGGGCAUGCUUUUGCACAGAGGUAUAGUUUCAGUGAGGAAUAACAGUAUAAUUUGAAUUAUUCAUGAAUGUUAUUUUGGUUUUCCCUGAAGUGCUACACGACGCAUGAGGACACUUUUGCUUAUUCAGAAUUUCUGAGGACAAAGGCAAAAACUCAGAGAAACAAGCAAAGCCCCAGACAUGACUAAUCCCAACACUGAGAACAAAUCAGCAUGCCUACAUUGUCUUCGCAUUAAGGUUUUUACAGCUGGUCUGAGAAACCCACAUUUCAAAAGUGACAUUGAUGUUCUCUCAAGACAGAAGCCUGACUUAGUCUACCUCUGGAGGACUGAAGGCCCUGUCCACUGACAUGAAACCAGGCAGGCAUUAUUUAAAACAAAAAUAUAUGCAUGAGUAUACUUAACAGGCGCAUUUAGUAGAGUUAAGAUUAAGUUUUACCUAUAUUUUAGAGUCCUAAGUUUACUGAGUUGGAUAUAGAAGAUUUGAAGGUAGUUUAUUUUUAGAUUUUGAACCUAAAACAGUCAUUCUA